AAGUACAGACGGCUGUAAAGCCCUCAGUCGUACAUACUGAAAGGCCGAGUGGAUGACAUGAUUUGGGGAGGACUUGUGUUUUAACUCGUGUACCAGGUUAACUCGCGUGUGUGUUUAAAAGGUAAGGUCGUGAUCCACACCACAGUUUUGAACGUCAGAAGUUUGUGUCAAGUCAUUCUAAGUUAACACCGGGCAGUCUCAUUACGGUGCUUUUAGCGCGCCUGGCCACGCACCUUUGGCUCUCUGUCAAUAGUAUACAUACGUACUGCCUCAGAACUGAAAGUCCCGUGGGAGCAUUCGGAGCCAUACCUAUCCGGUAAUUAUAGUAUCCAUUGUGACCAGCUGUCAAGAAUCUAUAUAUACAGAUUAUCUCUUAUCCACCCCCACACCUGAUGGGGACACAGAGGUCAGACUUUGUCUCGUUUCAUUAGUUCUGCUAAGCAGUUUUACCUGUACGGGACACUCGCAAAGGUCAACCCUUCUUCCCGCCGUACGCUAUAACUUUCUACAGAGGGAGUGAUGUGUGAAGUGGAGAUAGCGACUGUGCUUCAAGCUUCACCAGGUAGCCAGCCUACAUAAAGAGACAGUAGGCUGGUAAUACGGCCUUGUGUGACCCGAAGAGUCCUGACAUUGACGCUGCCUGUCAGUUCAGCUAUUACCGAUUCGCUGUGCACACCUAUACUGUAUUUGACCUCAAGCCAAAGCCCGGUAUCAACGUAAACUUAUUUUCACAUCCGUUUUGCGACUUCAGUUGGGACCUGGCUCGAGGGAUUUUUAUAUAGCCACGACCGGCUAGAGGCACACAGAUGUAAUAGGUGUACUGAAAAAAAAAAGAAAAAAGAAAAACAGACCAGGAAUUCACCUGUACCGCUGAGCUCACUUUUGUAUGAAAUGAACGAGAUAAUGGCUUACACUGAGACGUCUAUGUGUUCUCAUGAAUAUUAGCGCGGCUUCUAUCGAUCGUGAGGGACUGAACUAUAUAUACUGAACAACAGCUGUGAAUUCAGACCGGCCUAUAGGUGUGUCGUGGACGAAUGGCAUGUGGCCAAUAGAACCCGGCGCUGAUGUUGUAAUCUGUAGGUGACACAUCGCCCAUUUCACUGUACACAGGUUCAGUCGGGUCCUCCCUAGUGCCGCUCCGCCAUCAACAUGGAGUUACCUUACGCCUAUAACCACUACAGACCGAGGGAUCUUACGUUAUGCCUGCCCAACGACACGGACGCCGACGAUAAUCUGGCCAAAUCCCCUAUUGCCAGAAACUUAGGACAUUAUCCUCUUACGCCAAGAUCCAACCACGAAACGGAAUACAAACGAACUCUCGAAGUUUCCAAAGCCCCGGACAUUUUCCCCUGUAAACACGUCCUGUGUCACCAUUGCCUGAGGAAAAACGUCAGGGACAACGUAGUGACAUGUCCCAUCUGUGGAACGACGACUCAGUACGACGCCCCUUCUAUGGAAUAUGGCGUGAGUGGUGGCGAGGAAGACAACAACAACACGAUGCUUGUGACGAACUUCGAUGAGAUCGUGAAGAAAUUCCGAGGUAUUGAUCGGCCGUCGACGUUACGGCGAAUGAAGGAGGACAGCGUUCAAACGGCAACUAUUGGAAUGACGUACACAUCUAUACCGUGUGACGUGUGCGAGGAAGACCAUGGCAACCUCAAAGUUCUCCAAGAGCUGAACAAAUUAUCCGUUGUCCACAAGAGGCCGGACAAUCUGAACGGACAUUACUACAGGUUGUGGAUGGGAGAUGUGGUCACUACCUUCUACAGUAAGGUCAAUUCUUCGUCCAUCUGCGUUCCGUGUACGUACAAGAGCUUGAGGAAGAGUCAACAGUUUCCAGAACUCACCAAUGGCAACGGGAUCCCUCCCGAGGACGCCAACGCUCAGCUCUGCCUGGCGGAAGUCGGAAAGCUGAUCGUGAAAAAGUCGGCGCCAACCGUUUGCAUGCAAGGGAAAAAUAUGAUCGAAGUCGAUCACACCAUAUCGGUGAAGAAUCGCGCUGAUCUGUUUGAUUUCAAUUACACCGCUGAACGUAUCCAGAAAAUGGUGGGUCAACAAGAGAACACGUUGAUCAAGCAGGUAACGCGACAGAUUAACGACAACGGAAGGCUGUAUCAUAUCAAGGAAUCCAGCAACAUCGACUUAGAUGAUGAUCCAACGUUGAAAACGGAAAUCUGGUGAAAACGGAAUUCAGGGCAAAACGGAAAUUUGGUGAGCACACCGUAUGACCGCUAACAGAAUUCAUAAGAGAUCUGAAAUUCAGAUCUGGCUUCCAAGGUGCUGUUUGCCCUCUUCUUUAUUCAAAGAGGAUUAUACCUACAGGCCAGAUGCAAAAUUCGCGAUUCCAUCAUCAGUAUGUAUUACCCUAUCCCAGCUUGUCCAAGGCAUUUUCUUGUUAUCUAUGGUUCCAAAGAAAAGGCAGUGUGGUGCAUUAUUUUAAUAUCAGUUUAUACAUAUAUGUAUUAGGAACGGAUUCCACGGAUUACUGAGUUUAAAAAAUGCCCUCCAAUGCAGGAAAUGUUGUUUUCAGUUUGUGGAAUUGGGGGGACAAGUUUCGUUUUUGUUCAAUGGCUUUAAGGGCUAUCCAUUCGACGGAUGGGCUAGUCAGACACAUCAUAGUUUAAUACAACGUUAUAGCCUGUUGCAGGAUUAUGGUUUAAUUAUGUUGUUGGUACCAGGAUCAUUGGAAAAUAUCUACGUUUAUGAAAAAUAUGGAUUUGAAGGACUUUUAUAUGCACAAAACUAUACGGGCGCACUCAUUCCGAGAGAAUCGUCAAGGUUUUUCUUUUUUGUGUGCGUAAUGAAAAAGAAUGCCCAAUAUGUGUGACAACAUGCUUUCGAAAGCAUUUGCAGCAGAGGAGAUAAGUGGACGCAAGUUAUGCGUUCUCUGUGGACAAAUAGUGUGUCAGGGUGUUGGCAAGGAUUAUUUCAGGUUGAUGGUGCCUUCGAAUUAACGGAACUGGACGAACUUGACUUACACUCAAAGAAAACUGUGUGGACAGGUAUGGAUGUGUUUGAACUUGAUCAGAAGCACUUGAAUGUGAUUGAAAAUACUUUGUUAUAUACUUCAUCAGGCUUUUAUGAUGUGAUAUAUAAAUGCGAGGACACUAUUUUCUUGCCAAAGCUAUACAUGUUAUCACCAUAAAGACUGUAUAUUUUAUUCCGUUCCUUUUAUAUGUUCAUUGGAGGAGGUGGGUGUAUAAUUUCUGAAUGUACAGUUGUGUGACACACUCAGACUAGAACAUACCAGUAGAAUGAUGCUAUGCAAAGCGAGUUAAAAAGGAACAAAUGACUGGGGCUUGAGCAUAGCUUUAUAAAAUAUUGAAGUGAAUUAUAUGCAUCGUUUCCAGUCAGAUAUAUCUUUGCUAAGUGUAUAUAAGCGUAUAAAGCUUAGACAUUUUUGCGUUUUAUUCCGAUGUGUAUAUAAAUUGAACUGACAAAUCUGAAAAUUUGGGAGCUACACGGAUAAGUUAUCUCAGCUUGUAAGAUUGUCGAAUCUCUGCUGUAAAGAUGGUCUCAUUGCCUGUAUAUGCACUUCAGCAAAAACACGAUCUACGAAGGGCAUUUUGUUCAGUGUCAGAACAAUGUCGUGUUAAUAUGAUAACGGGGUGUAUACGCAUGGAUCUACAUGGAGGAUAUAUUUCUCAGUCAACUGAUGCUAAAUUGUAAAUAUUAUAUCAUAGAAUAAUCGGCGAUAGUCUUAUUUUUGUGUCCAAUCAUUGGCGAUUCGAUAUCACUUUGUCAUAUGCAGAUAUGCAAAUAAGAUGGAAGUCAAUGAUGUACUGCGUGUACAUUUAUCCAGAUUUUUGUACAUAUAAAUACAAUUUAUUUCGUCCAUUUUCAAGGUAAGGAUGUAACUUGGUGAAUCAUCCUUUUAAUAUUAUUCAUAGUUCAACGUCAUAGAUCUUUUGAGCCAGGUGCAUAGCGGUGACCUAGAAUGAAAGUAUUCACAGUUGUUAUAGAUGUUGCAGUUCGAGUAUAAUACAUACAUAUGGCAUGCAUGGAAAGGCGAGAUCUGCAUGGUAUAAACUGUCAGCGCUGUUUGACCCUAAAUUCGCGAAUUUUACAAUUUAAGAUGUUUAACAUGUACAUGGUUAACUAUGUUAAUCUUUAAAGAUAAUAUCGGUACUUGUUUUGGAACAUUUCUGCUGUCCUGGUCUUGUAUCCGUUUGGGAGAAUAUCAUCCAAUAAUCUGGCUUACCAAAAAUUAUUAUA